AUAUAAGGCUUAAAAUUUCGGCAAUAUUCAUUCAUUUGACACAAAUAUUCAUCACAGUAGCGAUGGCAUCCAAGUUCUGUGUACUUUUUUCUGCCCUCGUGGCUGCGGCGCAAUGUUCAGUGAUAAAAGUAGACAAUGACGUCUCCAGCUUCUCAUACGAUGUCGCCGAUCCCAACACCGGUGACUACAAGAGUCAAGUUGAAACUCGCUCCGGUGGCGUUGUGAAGGGACAGUAUUCUCUGGUGGACCCCGAUGGUACUAGACGCGUAGUAGACUACACGGCUGACGAUGUGAACGGAUUCAACGCGGUUGUGCGUAAAGACCCACUGGUAGCUGCUGAACCUGUUAUUGUACCUUCCGUCGUUAAUUCUCCAGUUGUCUACUCUCCUGCGUCCCCUGCAGUUAUCUCUCGUUCGUAUGCUGUACCAUCGGUAUACUCCGCUUCUUCACUAUACCCAGUACAAUCAGUAUACCCUGGAUCUGUUUAUCGUGUGUCAUCAAGCUACGGCCGUGUUGCAUCUCCCAUUUACUCUCCCUAUGGAUAUGGAGCUGUACAACUUAACCACUGGUAAAAUAUACAAAUAUGUAAAUAAUAAAAAAAUUGUUCCCAUCAGCUGUAACCCUGCUGUAGGAGCUAGUAUAGCUCGCGCAUGUUCUUUGAACCUAUAGUCGUUGAGUGUAUCUCUCAUAAACAACAUAUUGAGUGUUCUUCUAAAUUGCUUUGUAAAACGCUUAACCUUAAUUUGUAUUAUUUCUGUAUAUAAAUCUUAAUUUUUUUCAA